AUGUCUUUAAGGCAGCGCACAACUAAUGGCAACAACAAUAAUAACAAUGUGGAUGCAGCAUCCACGGACAACACCCACGAUUCCAAUAAGAAAAAUGGGGACCAGCAACAGGAACGCACGAAUCCCAUGGUGUAUAUAGUAUUCAUAUCCCUUCUAUUUGAUUUGUUGGCAUUUACCAUCAUCUUACCGUUGCUGCCAUCGCUCUUGGAAUAUUUUAAAAAUAAUGACAGUUCCGGUUUAUAUGCAGUGCUAACGGAUCGCAUCAAAUGGUUUCAAGAACUACUGGGGGCACCCGAACGUUACAACUCGGUAUUGUUUGGUGGCCUAUUGGGCUCGAUGUUUAGUUUUUGCAGUUUUGUGGCCAGUCCCAUUGUGGGUGGACUGUCGGAUUAUUAUGGUCGUAAACCGGUUAUUAUACUGUGUGCGGCCGGCAUCGCUUUAUCAUAUUUGCUAUGGGCCUUUUCUCGUAACUUUGCUGUCUUUGUUUUGGCCCGUUUUGUUGGCGGCUUAAGUAAGGGCAACAUCUCGUUGAGCAUGUCUAUUAUUACGGAUGUCUCCAGUGGCAAGACUCGAGGUCGUGGUAUGGCUUUGGUGGGAGUGGCAUUUUCAUUGGGCUUCAUUGUUGGUCCCAUGAUUGGUGCCUUAUUUGCCAUCUUCUCAAAUAAAUCUACGGGUCCAUGGUUUGUUUUACCUUCUCUGCUGGCGUUGGCAUUGGCUUUGGGUGAUUUGCUGAUUUUGGUCUUUUGUUUAAAGGAAACUUUACCAAAGGAAAAACGGGUCAAGGAAAUUUCCUCAUCCAUGUCUUAUGCUUUCCAAUUGAUCAAUGUUUCCUCUAUAUUUAGAUUUGCGUCCAUCAAAAAUGUCCCACAAAAACAAAUCAAGUCAUUGCAAACCAUUGGUAUUAUUUAUUUUGUCUAUUUAUUCCUGUAUUCGGCAUUGGAAUUUACAGUUACAUUUUUAAUGUAUCAUAAAUUUGGUUAUACCUCCAUGGAUCAGGCGAAAAUGUUUUUGACCACGGGUAUCAUCAUGACCAUUUUGCAAGGAUCUGUUGUUAGACGUCUACCCGAAAAGGAUAUUAAAAAUUAUGCAGUAUUGAGUUUAUAUUUGCUAAUACCUGCCUUUGCCAUUGUUGGCAUUGCCAAUGGAACAUGUCUGCUAUAUAUUGGCAUGAUCUUGUAUGCCAUAUCCACUGCCUUUACUGUCACCUGUCUCACUACGCUCGUCUCCAAAUAUGGCAAUGAUGAUCAGAAAGGUUCCGUUUUGGGUAUCUUCCGUUCAUUGGGCGCCUUGGCUCGUGCCCUGGGGCCCGUUGUUGGCUGCAUAGCAUUUUGGUGUAUUGGCUCUCGUAUGACAUAUGUCGUUGGUGGCUUUUUGCUACUAAUACCCUCAUAUGUUUUGCAAAAAACUCAACUGGCAUAA